UUAUAUAAUAGUUUCCUACUGUAAACGAAGUAUUACGGUAACGUGAGGUAGUCGUGCAUUGCGUCGGAAUGUACCAUUUUGCUAAACACCGGGAAGAAUUUUGUUGUGACAGCGAAGUAACAACCCGGUGGGGGAGACGGUCAUAACAUAGGUUUUUUUUUCAUCUUGGAUCAGUCAUGGCCUUCAGCAAAGGAUAUCGCAUUUACCACAAGCUCGAUCCACCACCUUACAGUGUCAUAGUUGAAACAAGGACCAGAGAGGAAUGCCUCAUGUUUGAAUCAGGAGCUGUUGCUGUUUUGUCGGCAGCAGAGAAGGAGGCCAUUAAAAAUACAUAUACCAAGAUUGUUGAUGCCUAUGGGAUUCUUGGUGUCCUUCGCCUAAACCUGGGUGACUUCAUGCUCCACAGUCUCGUGGUUGUGACAGGAUGCAGCUCUGUGGGCAAAGUGCAAGAUUCAGAAGUAUUCAGGGUCACACAGACAGACUUUAUAUCACUGAAGAAUGAUCCAGGAGAUGAGGACCGCAUUGCUGAGGUGCGGAAGGUCCUAAACUCAGGACACUUCUACUUUGCCUGGUCUUCCACUGGUAUCAGCAUGGACUUGAGUCUCAAUGCACAUCGUAGAAUUCUGGAAGAUACUACAGAUAACCGCUUCUUUUGGAACCAAUCUCUGCACUUGCACCUUAAGCAUUAUGGUGUUAACUGUGAUGACUGGCUGCUGAGACUGAUGUGUGGUGGUGUGGAAAUUAGAACUAUCUACGCAGGACACAAACAGGCCAAGGCCUGCAUCUUCUCCCGCCUCAGCUCAGAGCGAGCAGGCACGCGAUUCAAUGUCCGAGGAACAAAUGAUGAUGGACAGGUGGCUAAUUUUGUGGAGACUGAACAGGUUAUUUUCCUGGAUGAUAAAGUCUCAUCCUUCAUACAAAUCCGGGGGUCCAUCCCUCUUUUUUGGGAACAGCCUGGAAUCCAGAAAAAGUUUAUUAAGGGUGUUUUGAUACACCUUAAUAAGAAUCGUCACCCUAAUGGACUGGAUGAGAACCCCCACCUGGUCGGAUCUCACCGUGUCAAACUCUCAAGAGGAUUUGAGGCCAAUGCGCCAGCUUUUGAAAGACAUUUUACUGCACUUCGGAGGUUGUAUGGAAAGCAGGUGAUCAUCAACCUCCUUGGAAGUAAGGAAGGGGAACACAUGCUCAGCAAGGCAUUUCAGAGUCACCUGAAGGCUUCAGAGCACUCAUCCGCAGUGAGAAUGGUUAAUUUUGACUACCAUCAAAAUGUGAAAGGUGGCAAAGCAGACAAACUCCACAGUGUCCUCAAACCUCACCUUAGCAAAUUCAUAGAUGAGUGUGGCUUCUUCUACUACUCUGGGGAAACUGGCAUUGUGAGGACUCAGGGAGGAACCAUAAGGACCAACUGCCUGGAUUGUUUGGACAGAACCAACAGUGUUCAGGCCUUUUUUGCUCUUGAGAUGCUGCCCAAGCAGCUAGAACAGAUGGGUUUGACAGAGAAACCGCAGCUGGUGGCCAGGUUCCAGGAGGUUUUUAGGACCAUGUGGUCUGCUAAUGGAGAUUCUGUUAGUAAGAUCUAUGCCGGCACAGGAGCCCUGGAUGGCAAAGCCAAGGCUGGAAAGCUAAAAGAUGGAGCUCGUUCUGUGACGCGGACCAUCCAGAACAACUUCUUUGACAGUUCUAAGCAGGAAGCUAUAGACAUCUUGAGGCUGGGCUCCACACUGAACAGUGAUUUGGCAGACAAAGCUCGGGCCUUGCUCACAACCUCCAGUCUUUAUGUCACUGAGCCUGUCUUACAAUCAGCUUCCCCUAGAGUAUUGCUUGGAAUGUGCCAGAACUACCAUAAAUACACAAUGCCCAAGCAAAUCCGGGUGUGUGUUGGCACCUGGAAUGUCAACGGGGGUAAACAGUUUCGCAGCAUUGCUUUUCGCAACCAGACACUCAACGACUGGCUGUUAGAUGCUCCAAAGAAGGCCGGGCAUCCUGAGUUCCAGGACAGCAAAGCUAACCCCAUAGAUAUCUUUGCCAUUGGUUUUGAAGAAAUGGUUGAACUGAAUGCUGGAAACAUCGUCAGUGCCAGCACAACUAACCAGAAACUUUGGGCAGCUGAGCUGCAGAAAAACAUUUCAAGGGACCACAAGUAUGUGCUGCUUGCUUCAGAGCAGCUGGUGGGAGUUUGUCUAUUUGUUUUCAUCCGUCCACAGCACGCACCCUUUAUCAGGGAUGUAGCCGUAGAUACAGUAAAAACCGGCAUGGGUGGGGCCACGGGCAAUAAAGGAGGUGUGGCAAUCCGUCUGCUGUUCCACACUACCAGCAUCUGCUUUGUCUGCUCCCACUUUGCUGCUGGCCAAUCACAAGUCAAGGAGAGGAACGACGACUAUAAUGAGAUUACUCGCAGACUCAGCUUCCCGAUGGGUCGCCUGCUUUAUUCGCAUGAUUAUGUGUUCUGGUGCGGAGACUUUAACUAUCGAAUCAACUUGCCCAAUGAGGAAGUAAAAGAGCUCAUCAAACAGCAGAACUGGGACUCUUUGACUGCUGGGGACCAGUUGCUUGACCAGAAGAAUGCUGGAAUGAUCUUCCGAGGUUUUAUUGAAGGAAAUUUGGAUUUUGCCCCCACCUACAAGUAUGACCUCUUCUCAGAAGAUUAUGACACCAGCGAAAAGUGCCGCACGCCAGCCUGGACGGACCGCAUUCUUUGGAAGAGAAGAAAGUGGAACUUUACCAAAACAGCUGAGGACAUGACAGUUGUAGGAGCAGCUUCUACAUCUACAGAGAAUGAGGAUGAUCCAGAGCUCGUUUGGAGCCCUGGUACUUUGAAGUAUUAUGGCAGGGCUGAACUUAAGACCUCAGACCACAGGCCUGUGGUGGCAAUAAUGGAUGUGGACAUCCUGGAGGUUGACCCAGAAGCACGCCACCAGGUCUACAAAGAUGUCAUUGCCCUGCAGGGACCUCCAGAUGGGACCAUCCUGGUGUCACUCUGUUCUUCUGGGCCUGAUGAUUAUUUCAGUGAUGAGCUUAUUGAUGAGUUGCUGGAUAAGUUUGCUAAUUUUGGCGAGGUCAUCCUCAUCAGGUUUGUUGAGGAGAAGAUGUGGGUGACCUUCUUGGAAGGUUACUCUGCUUUGGCUGCUCUCUCUCUCAGUGCAUCCACUGUCCUUGACAAAGUGAUUGACAUCCGUCUGAAGAGUCCAGGCUGGAUCAAGAGUCUCGAGGAGGAAAUGAGUGUGGAGAGGAUCUGUGGAAGCAUUCCCACAUCUGCCAGUUCCACCCUGCUUGCCGAGGAUGCAGACAUGGGUGACGACGAUUACGAUAUGGAAGGUGAUGUAGAUGAAGAGGUGGAAGAGAUCCUUCCCCAGCACCUGCAGCCUGGAGCAGGCUCUGGCCCUGGAUCCUCUCCUCUCCCUUCCCCCCGCAGUAGUCCCUGUCCCUCCCCCACCCAUGGAGAACCUGCUGCUCCCAGCAGGCCAAGUCGCGCACAACCCUUCCGACCGUCACAAGGGCCUCCUGUUGACUACCAGCCAGGUGCUCCCACAGGCCAAGGCCUAGAACCCAAACGCCCACCCCCUCCUCGCCCCAAUGCUCCUCCAGCCAGACCUGCUCCACCUCAGCGCCCGCCACCGCCUUCAGGAGGCAUGAGCCCCCUGCCAGCUAGAAGAGACUCUGGAGACUGUGGCAAAUGCCCCAGCCCACUGCUUGGCAGGAGAGGCAGUGAAGGAUCAAAAAGCCCUGCUCUUCCUCGGCCAGAUGCUCCUGCAGGUCGAGGCCAGACAGCAGCUGGAGCUCCCGGACCUGGAGGUGCUUCCAGACCAAACAUUCCUACUCGAGCUGGAGUUAUCAGUAUGCCUCCUCAGUCUCGCCCACCACCUCCCUCUCACCCUGGAGCACCGAGGCCCAUCCCAGAGGUUCAUCCUGGGGCUCCUCGGCCUAUCCCAGACACUCACCCUGGAGCUCCACGGCCUGUGGCCAGUGCCCAAGCCAAACCGCCUGACCUGCCUCUGGGUCCUCCACCAUCUGGACCCCCUCCUGCAGUCCCCUCUGCAUCAAAGCCCCAGGCUCAGUCACCCAUGCAGCCACCCAUGCAACCUCAGCCAGCUCCCUCUUCUGCUCAGUCUCAGCUCCCACCACCAAUGCAGCCCACUCUUCCAGCUCCUCUGCAGCCACAGCAAGCCGCUGCUCCUAAAGCAGCGACACCACCUACUGCAGCUGCUUCUAGCACUACCCCUGCUGGGUCCCAGCAGGGUCUAGCCUCUCCUAAACCACCUCCUCGUUCCCGCUCCUCUCAUGCUCUGCCACCUGACGCUGCCAAGUCCGAGACAGCCCCAGCUGCACAGACAAACGGACUGAAUGGAUUCCCAAGAGAAGCACAAUGGAAGCCUGACCCCUUUGACACACUAACAUCUGACUUCCUCUCCUCAUCCUCCUGGCACACCACGCAAUCACUGAGCAGAGGUUCUUCUCUGCAUACUCCACCCUCCAUUCCUCUGUCUGUGAAUUCCUCUGCCACUCUCCCAUUAUCCUUCUCCCAUCAGCCCUUUACUUUAUCAGACCUCCAGACUCUGGAUUCAUCCUCCUCUUCCUCACUCUCCACCCCUUCACCAUUCGCCUCGUCCCUGCUUCCACCUCCUCCUCCGGUUCCAUCUCGCAGUCGCUCUCAGGAGAUGCUGCGUGCCUCUCCCGGCCCCUUCCAGGCUGACCCCCUCCCUGCCCGCCCCAGCAGCACCAAUCCCUUCACCGGACCUCUGGCACAGCAGCAGCAUCAGCAACGGCGCUCACUCACCCCAGACUUCAGCUUCCAGCAUCAAACCCCAGCAGCAAACCUUCAGAGAACCAUGUCUGCGCUCACUCAGCCACUUGUCCCAACCCCUGUACCAACUGCAGCCCCUGCAGUCUCACCCACAUCCCAGUUAAAUCAGACCAUGUCCUUGUUUGAACCACCAUCCAGUAAUAAUCCUACCAUAACUCCAAUGGUGACCCCCACAGCUGCACACACCUCUCAGCUCAGUAAUACCUUGCCCCUGUUUGGACAACUAUCCAACCAUAAUUCUGCACAUGCUCCUCUGCUGCCUCUUGUUCCUAACCCAUCUCCUGCUCCCAUUUUGCCCCUGGCUCCACCCACAGCCACACCCCAUCACCAGCCGCCUCCUUUGGGAGGAAAACAAGCGAGGCAGUGGGUCACUUUCGAUGAUGAUUUGAAUAUUCCACCCACAACCAAAACACCACAAAACCUUGUCUUCCCGUCUACUUCCGUAGUGUCCCAAAUUCAAACUCAGCCUUCCCACUCUGUGUUUGACUCAGAGCCAGAGUGGUUAUCCUCUUCACAAGCAGUAUUCCCAAAUAUACCACCUCCUAUCCCAACAAGAACUGCAACCAGUAAUCCAAAGCUCCCGGAGGCAUCUAGUAACAACGGCUUCUUCCCCAGGAAGUCAACAGAAAGAUAAUAUCACCCUUUUAUGCAAAGGGCAUAUCCAGAUAUGUAUAGAUCUAUCUUAAAUGUGUAUAUGUGUCUGUGUGUAUGUACAAAAGAGACUAUAUAUAAAAAGAACAGAUCUAUUCCCUUAAGAAUCACAGGAAAGGAUUUACAUGUCAAGCAGCAACAUGAGAAGCUUAUGAGCCCAACAGUGUGUUCUAACUUUACAACAGGAAGGUUUGCUUCUUACCUGAUGUUAACACUUGUUUUAAUCUUAGUCACUCUGUUUAUUUUUAUUUAUGGCAGCAAAUAUGUGCCUGUGUCUAGAUAAUGAUGUUCUAUAAAAUAUAUCUAAAUGCACAAUUAAUAUGUUUAACCAUGUGUGUAAUAUCGAAACUUCUGUGUGGCUGCACUACACACUGCAUUUGCUUGUAAAGUCUCAUUUAAAUCUGAAGCUUCGCAGGUGCUUCAUUCAGUGACACACUGCGAUUCAUAUCCAUCAUUUUGCUGAUCUGAUAGUGAGUGGAAAUCAAAGUAGAGGAUUUUCCUGAUAUUCCUUACUUUAACAUAAUUCAGAGAAUAUACUCUGCAUAUUUUACAUAUACCCCAAAUAUGCUGCGUUCUGCAGUAGUCCGGUUUUACUUUUCUGUGCUUGUUUCUAGGUGCAAAUGUAAAAGUUGCAUCACAUGCUUUCUUCAUGAAUGUAAUUUAAUUUGCACUGGGUUUUGCUUCCACGUUUACACCAUGGUGUAAAGUCAGUCAGUUUAACUGAACACCGCUGCAGGACUGAUGCUCUGUAAUAUCAUCUCAUUGCCCUGAUAGUAUGACAUUUUGUUUUUCCUCUUUGGUCAUUCUUUGUGGGCUGAUACAUUCAGCUAAAGAUAUGUUGUAGCUCUAUAUGAAAAGGCAUACAUAGAGAUUUAUGUAUAAAUGUAUGUUCUCAUUAUAAAAAGUUGGUGUUGGAUGUGUGAGUGUGUUUAUGAUGGCCAUUCCAGUGGUUAGCAAAAAAAAGGCAAAAAACACAUGAUAUGCACUGAGAUGCUGGAUGAGACUCCUGCUUCUGGUCUUUUUAUGGCAGAAUGACAUAAACAGAGAAGCUGCAGGUUGAACAGAUGAGUGUUUUUUCACUUUUUCCCCCUCUGUAGGGUUUGGCUGCUUCUUAAUUUCUCCUAAACAUCUACUCGCACUAUUUUAAAAUUAUAGUAUGUGAUGAUCAUGUGUAUUCUUCUGCUGAAAGUACAGUUAUAAUAUGAUUGGGAUCUGUGGCAGCAAGUUCAAGUUCAUGCAUAAGAGAGAACCUUUUUUUUUUUUUUUUAACUUUGGAUCAGUGAAAAGGUCAUGCUUUUCAAUUCUAGCAACAGUUUCUCAAAAUAACGUUAUUGUUACUGUGGUGAGAAGUGAUGUGCUGUGUUUGCGGUGCAUAUCGUCUGUUGUGUUUUUGUUUGGAUCUGAGUGCGUGUACAGACUUUAGAGUGGGAUAUUUCAUACCUACGGAAGUGGUCUCUUUUAAGUAUAAGCAGUAAUUUCCAUACAGACUUUUAAGCUCACGGCCUCUGUAUUCACUCACACAUCAUGGCUGUAAAUGCAUUUUAGCUUCAGCACUGACAGAGUAUCCCCAUCUUUACUGAACACAUAGACUUAACUAAAUAGUUUGUUUAGGCCAUGAAUGCAUCACCGGGUAACAUUUCAACUUAACUGUUCUUUGACACAGUCGCCGACAUUCCAGACAGUGGUGUGAUUUUUUUUGUUUGUUUAGUCUUGGGUGUCAAACUUCUGUGUUUACAGAUCCACCGAUGUUAUCUAACCCUAGCUGUUUCUUCCAGUAGAAAGGGUGCUUGUUGCUGAGGCUCACUGAUGUCUUCAUUAUUUUUGAGGUGUGUGUGCUGUUGUCAGAGGUGAUUUUCAAGUAACUUGUCCUGUGCUACCAGCGUCACUAAUACAGAUGACGACAGCAAUAGAUGUGCAAAUGGCUCAGUGAGAAUACCAUCCAACACAGCACACACCAACUGUUGUGGACUAAACACAUGUUAUUUCUCCCCAGCCUAUUUAUGUAGUAGACGGAAAUGUAUGAAAAGCAUUUUGAUUGAUCAUGGAAGUUAAAAUAUCCAAUUUACAGUAAGAAAUGCUUCAGUGUUCAUUACACAUGUAAAAUAAGCAAAAAUAUUCAUUCACUGCCAUGAAAGUAGUAGCUAUCUAUUUAAGCAAGUGUAUCAAGCUGCAUUUGCUUAUGUUAUCCAAAAGUGCAGUAGAUACUGUAUCAACAGUUGCUCCUUUUGUGAGGUCAGUGUCCCUUUUUAUGGCUGUAAUCCACAGUAAAUAAGAGUUUGUGACGUGAAACAUUUUCUGUAUGUAUUAAAGUGAAUACAUGAAGCUGUAAUUCAUAUUAAUAUCCAAUGUUCCAUAUUUUGCGUGCACAGCAGUUGGCACAUUAAUGUAUGAAGCAGUUGUGUUGUAUGUAUGCAAAAAUAAAUGUACAUUAACAUGA